AUGUUCAAUAUAGAUAUGAAGGAGAUCAUUGACUUGUAAGUGUUAGACUAUGAUGUAUUUGGAAAAUGUAAUGAUAUGAUGGUAGUUGUAAAUUCAAUAUUUAAAGAGCUUUAUCUAGUCCACCAACCCAAUUCGUAAAGAUGAUCCUCAGAUUAAGAGAAAAACUAGUGCAGUUGCAAAAUUAAUUAAUUAACUUAUACAAUUUUUAAAAGAUUCAGAUAAUUCUAAAUUAUACAAUUUUCCUGAGUAUCAUGAUAUAGUGUACUUGCUGAAGAAUAACUUAUCAAAUAAUUUAAGAAUUCAAGCCAUAUAAAUGCAAGAGCUCGAAACAAGCAAUUAUGAAUUCUAGAAUUAAAUAUCAAACUAAGCUUAAAAAAUUAAAAAAUUGUGUUAAGAUUUAUUAUUUAAAGAUAAAGAAAAUUAAUAGUUACAAAAAGAGGUAGUAUUUUAGUUAAUUUAAGAUUAAAGCUUUAAAGCAUCAAAUGUAAUAAAUGGAAGACUUGGAGUCUUAAAUAGAAAAAGUAAUGAAUAAUUAAAACUAAAAUUUAAAUGAGAAUAAUAAUUUAUUACAAAAUGAAAUCAUUUAAUUAAAACAUUACCUAGAACUGAAGGAAAAUACAAUUAAAUAUCAAGAAGGAGAGAUAAAUCUAUUGAAAUUACAAAUCUAAAGACUCUAUGGUGAUUAAAGCCAAGAUAGAAAACAUCACCUGUUUUAUGAAUAAUAAUAAAUAUUCAAUGAAAAUUAAGAAUUGUUAAACAAAAUUAAUUAACUAUCUCUACAAAGUAACUAUCAGAUUAUAUAAAAUGCUGGAAAAAUAAACGAGUCUCAGAAUGCUGAAAAAAGAAAAGAUCCUCAAAAUGAAGAAUAAAACAAAAUAUAGGUAUAGUAAACAGAAAAAUUGUAAAAUAGAAUUUUCAAUUUUCUUAAUUAAUUAUCCUUACAUGGCUUUCUGCUUAGUGCAUGGAUUGGAGCAUACGUAAUUAUUCAAUAUUUUAAAUGA